AUGAGACUGGAGCAAAGAUGGGAGAGAAUUUUUGAUAAGUACAAUGAAGGUAAGAGCAAUAAUGCUAAUGCUGUGUUUGUGGAUGCUUUUGUCCAAAGAGAGGCAGUUUUUGUUGCUGGAAGUGAAGCUAUUUGGGAUAAUCAUGAGAGAGUUGAUAACGCUGGUGACGGUUUCAUGUGGUUUAAGAGCUCUGAUGGUGUGGGAGGAGAAAGGAGUGUAGGAUUGAGCAUGAAAAUUGUUGAGAGAAUGAAAUGGGAGCAAGAAAGAGUUGGAUGGCUUGCUGGGGAUGAAAGAAAAGUAAGAGUGGAGAGAGUAGAAGAGUUUGGAGGCAGAGGAACAAAUGGGAAUGACAAACUGAUAAAUUUUCACGGCCUAGGGAUAUUGAAGAGGUGUAGAGAAGCAAUUUCGAUCAGCAAAAGUGACAGAGGAAAGGUUAUCAUUAAAGACAUCGUUGUAACCGUAGAUAACAAGAAGAUGAAUAACAGGUCAACUGAAACACAACUGUUAUGGGACAUGUUGUUGAUGGUGAAUCUCACUGGAAAAGAACGCACUGAAGGAGUGGGAGAAGCUGUUUUUGGCUGCAGGAUUCAGUUACUAUAA